AUGCCCGAACUCGUCGGACGCAAAGUAGGCUCUCGAGGCUACGGCCUGAUGAACUUCACCUGGCGCAAGGAUCCCAUUCCCCACGAACAGGCCUUUGAGGCCCUGCGCGCCGCCAUCGACAACAACAUGACCUUGUGGAAUGGAGGCGACUUCUACGGCACCCCUGAGAUCAACAGCAUGACCCUCCUGGCGGCCUACUUCGAAAAGUACCCCGAGGACGCCGACAAGGUCGUCCUGAGUAUCAAGGGCGGCCUUAGGCCCGACAUGCAGCUGGACGGCUCGCCCGAGUACAUCCGCCACUCCCUCGACUCUACGCUCGCCCAGCUCAAGGGCAGGAAGAAGCUCGACAUUUUCGAGUGUGCCCGCCGCGACCCCAAGGUGCCCCUCGAGACGACCUUUGGCGUCCUUGAAAGGGAGUACGUCCAGACCGGCAAACUCGGCGGCAUCUGCCUCUCCGAGGUCUCGGCCGCCACUAUUCACGAAGCCGUUAAGAUUACAAAGAUUGUCGGUGUCGAGGUCGAACUGAGCCUUUUCUCCACUGACGCCCUUACUAAUGGCGUGGCCGAGGCCUGUGUCAAGUACGGAAUCCCCUUGAUCGCCUACUCGCCCCUUGGUAGAGGCCUCCUUACUGGUCAGGUCAAGAGCCUCGAUGACAUCCCUGAAUCUGACUCCCGCCGCCACCUGCCCCGCUUCUACCCGGAAAACUUUGAGAUCAACCUUCAGUUAGUCAAGCAGGUUGAGGAAAUGGCCGCAAAGAGGAGUUGCACGCCUGCCCAGCUCGCCCUGGGAUGGGUCACGUCUCUACAGCGCCGGCCAGGGAUGCCUACCAUCAUCGCCAUCCCAGGCGGCACCACUGCUGCCAAGGUGCAUGAGAAUGCCAAACAGAUUGAUCUCACUGAUGAGGAGAUGGACGCCCUUGAUGCUACAUUGGCCAAGUUUGAGGUGGCUGGUGGAAGGUAUCCCGAUGGCAUGCCCGUCGACACCUAA